CCGCCUGGGCGGCGCCGCGGGCCUGUGUCCGCAGAGGCUGCGCGCCCCUGCCUGCGUCUUGGGGCGCUCCGGUGCCUCUCGGGGGGGACCGGGCCGGACGAGACCCUGGGUGCGGGUCCGUCGAGGGACGUGGUGGCUUCGGGGGACCCUCCGGAAGGGGGGACUCCCCGAAGGCUUGUUCCCAGGCCGCCCCGACCGUGCCUGCCCCGGCCCCGGCCCCCGAGCGCAGGGCUGGCCGGCCGCCAUGUCCACCUUCAGGCAGGAUGAUGUGGAGACCCACUACGAGAUGGGGGAAGAGCUGGGCAGUGGCCAGUUCGCCAUCGUGCGCAAGUGCCGGCAGCAGGGCAGUGGCCGCGAGUUCGCGGCCAAGUUCAUCAAGAAGCGGCGCCUGUCAUCCAGCCGGCGGGGGGUGAGCCGCCAGGAGAUCGAGCGCGAGGUGGACAUCCUGCGGGAGCUGCGGCACCCCAACAUCAUCACGCUGCACGACGUCUUCGAGAACAAGACGGACGUGGUGCUGAUCCUGGAGCUGGUGUCAGGUGGUGAGCUCUUCGACUUCCUGGCUGAGAAGGAGUCGCUGACGGAGGACGAGGCCACACAGUUCCUCAAGCAGAUCCUGGACGGCGUUCACUACCUGCACUCCAAGCGCAUCGCACACUUCGACCUCAAGCCCGAGAACAUCAUGCUUCUGGACAAGGACGUACCCAACCCCCGCAUCAAGCUCAUCGACUUCGGCAUCGCCCACAAGAUUGAGGCCGGGAACGAGUUCAAGAACAUCUUUGGCACCCCUGAAUUCGUGGCUCCCGAGAUCGUCAACUAUGAGCCCCUGGGGCUGGAGGCUGACAUGUGGAGCAUUGGCGUCAUCACCUACAUCCUGCUGAGUGGGGCAUCCCCCUUCCUGGGUGAGACCAAGCAGGAGACGCUGACCAACAUCUCGGCCGUGAACUACGACUUUGACGACGAGUACUUCAGCAGCACCAGCGAGCUGGCCAAGGACUUCAUCCGCCGGCUUCUCGUCAAAGACCCCAAGAAGAGGAUGACUAUCACUCAGAGCCUGGAACAUUCCUGGAUUAAGGCCAUCCGGAGGCGCACGGUGCGGCGGGAGGAGAGCGGGCGGCGGCCCGAGCGGGAGCGGGAGCGGCGGCGGCUGAAGACGGCGCGCCUGAAGGAGUACACGCUCAAGUCGCACUCCAGCAUGCCGCCCAACAACAGCUACGCCAGCUUCGAGCGCUUCUCGCGGCUGCUGGAGGACGUGGCGGCGGCCGAGGAGGCGCUGCGGGGCCUGGAGCUGGGCCGCCGGGGGCUGCGGGCCGAGCUGGCGGCGCUGGCGGCGCGGGCGGCCGAGCGGGAGGCGCGCUGGCGGGACGAGCAGGCGGCGCUGGGCCAGGCGGUGCGCGGGCUGAGGCGGGAGCUGCUGCAGGCGGAGGGCCCGCGCCGCCAGGCCCGCGACGAGGCCCGGGGGGCGCUGCUGGGCGCAGGGGGGCUGCGCCGCCGCUUCGGCCGCCUGGAGAACCGCUACGAGGCGCUGGCCAAGCAGCUGGCCUGCGAAGUGCGCUUUGUGCAGGACCUGGUGCGCGGGCUGGAGCGGGACAAGUUGCAGGCGGGCGAGUGCGGGCUGCGCUAGCUGGCGACCCCCCUUGGGGCCUAGCAUCGCCCCUGGGGCCGGGGACCCCCAACAGGCCUGGGCUGGCAUCCCUGAUAGGGGCCGGGGACCCACCAACCGGCCUGGCCUGGCAUCCCUGAUAGGGGCCGGGGACCCACCAACCGGCCUGGCCUGGCAUCCCUGAUAGGGGCUGGGGACCCCCAACAGGCCUGGGCUGACCUCCCUGCUAGGGGCCGGGGACCCACCAACCGGCCUGGCCUGGCAUCCCUGAUAGGGGCC